GGCCAAAGUGUUCGAGGAGGCGGAGAGACAGACAGGAGGAGCAAGCUGACAGAUGAAUGAUACUGUCUCAUCUCUGUCAGCUGCUGGUUUCAGAAUUGGAGUUGUCAAGAUGGAUGUCCCAGGCUCCUGUUAAAAGAACGGCAAUAAUUUCAUCAGUGAGACUGUGGCGGAUUAGGAAGUCAUUUCGUCGCGGCGGCGUUAGAAGUACUUCAUAUACACAGAGAUCUGCAGAUGGGUCAGGGUCUGUGGAGGGUGGUGAGGAACCAGCAGCUGCAGCAGCAGUACAGCGAACAGUGCUUCCUCCAGCGGGAUAGAGAGCGGGCCUGGAGGGAUGGGCCCCCACUAGCUGAACCGCUGCAGCGGGGCCGCACACCGCAGUGCCAGGUGCCUGGCACUGACAUAAGUCACCUGCUGCGUGUCCGUAAGGGCAAAGAUGAACAGGGCUUCAUCGACCUCGAGAUGCUGCCACCUGAACUAAGCAUCACCAUCCUGUCCUAUUUGAAUGCUACCGAUUUGUGCCUGGCCUCCUGUGUGUGGCAGGACUUGGGCAGUGAUGAGUACUUGUGGCAGGGCUUGUGCAAGUCCACUUGGGGUCACUGUUCCAUAUACAACCGAAGGCUUCCACCUGGAUUUUCCUAUAGAAAACUUUACAUGGAGUUAGAUGAAGGAAGUCUAACAUUCAAUGCCAACCCGCAAGAGGGUAUCAGUUACUUCAUGUCCAGAGGUAUUCUGGUGGACCACCCGAAGGAAAUUGCCAAGUUUAUAUUCUAUACCAGAAUGCUAAACUGGAAGAUGCUGCGGAAUUAUCUUGACGAACGGCGAGAUGUCCUGGAUGAGCUGGUCACCCUUCAUAAUUUUAGCAACCAGUUCCUCCCUAAUGCACUGAGAGACUUUUUCAGGCACAUCCAUGCUCCAGAGGAGAGGGGCGAGUACCUGGAGACCCUAAUUACCAAGUUCUCCCAUCGCUUUUGUGCCUGCAACCCCACUGUAGUGCAGGACAUGGGUCUUAGUCCUGAUGCAGUGUAUGUUCUGUGCUACUCCCUCAUCCUUCUUUCCAUUGAUCUUACCAGUCCUCACGUGAAAAACAAGAUGUCCAAGAGAGAAUUUAUCCGAAACACCCGGCGGGCAGCUCAGAACAUCAGUGAGGAUUUCGUAGGCCACCUCUAUGACAACAUCUAUCUGAUCGGCCACGUGGCGGCCUAGCCACUGCCACGUUAAAAGUUAGCAACUGCACUAGGAAGAUUUCUAUAUGAGGCUGGGAAUAAACACUGUCAGAACACUGCAGGUCAUUUUAUACCCUUUGACGUGACACACUGCAAUGUAUCACAAAAGGAGCGGAGCACAGGAGCUGCAGCAAUGUGAAGAAUUAACAAAAUACAUCAGAAGGCUAAGUUUGGUCAUGACAAACCUAACUUAUUACAAACCCUUAACCAUGCAAACCAUGUAGCUACAUGAAGAUAUAUAUAUUACAAGCUAUGAAGUCAGUUAAAGCUGAAUGUGGAAUUUAUAGGGCUUGUGUCAGAUUAACAAGACAUCCGUUUUUUCUUCCUCAUUUUGAUAUUGAAACCUCUCGUAUGAAUGUCACCGUUUUGCCAUAUACUGCAUACAGUCAUAUUCCGAGAAAAUUCUCCAGUUGACAAGCUCCACUAAUCUCUAAAUCUGUCAUUUAUUUUUAUUUAUUCUUUCUACAUCCAUAUAUCAAAUUUACUUUUUGCUAGGAUAUUUAUAUAUCAUAAAAUCAAUGAUUGUGGAAAAAAAACAUUUUAUUCCAGUGCACUACAAUAUCUUUCCAGUUAUCUUUUAAAACUCUUUAAGAAAUUUAAGUCUACAGCUACUGAAAUUUCAAAGCAUUUACAGAUUACAACAGCACAAUUAUAAUAUUAAUAUUGAACAAAUGUUGUUUUUUGUUUGUUUUAAUUCUGUGUUUAGUACCUAGUUUUAAUAGGAUUUAGGGAUGGACAUAUGUCUUCCCUAAGAAGAGUAAAUCACAAGCACUGAAUUUUAAUUAUUUGUUGUAGUAUCUUCUGUUUAUCAUCCUUGCUAUAUUUUCUUUUCUUUAUAUUUUGCUCAUGUUUCCGCUUUUCAAAAAUUGAAGUUCAUCUUUCACAGUGACCUGGUGAAGCAUCAGACUAAAAGCACUUUUCUAACUAUUGCAAAGAUCUUUUGGACAAUGCAAAUGUUUUGAAAAACACACAUUCAAAUAUUAUCAAUCAAAUCUGUCAAUUUGUUUUCUCAAAAAAUGCUUUUUUCAGUGAAUAAUACUUGGAAAUUUUAUUUUUAGUUGAGUUUACCUAUCUGGUCUCAAAGUGGUUUUUUUUCCAUUUGUUGAAAGAAUGAAAAGAAUCGGUGCCAAUAGUGGGAAUACUAAACUAUACUGUAUAAACAAUAAUGAGAUUUAUUCACAGGCUCCGCAUAGUUUAAUUUACUGCUAAACACUUUAUUUGCACAUAAUGUAAAUAUUUAAGUAUAGAGAUUUAUAAACAUAAAAUUUUAUUUUCGAAUAUUUUAACUAAGAGUUGUGGUUUUUCUCAAGUGAAUUCUUUUUUGCACUCUUUGGCAUAUUUACCACGUGACAAUGCUAUGACCAUUUAAUCUGUAUGAAGCUGAUUUGAGAUGUCAUGCCAACAAGGGUUAGCCUAUAUAUAAUAAUGAUUUUUUUUUUCAUCCAGUGCUCAUUUAACUGUAAUUGUAAUAACUCGAUAUCCCCUGGAACUUUCGAUUUUCUUCUAUAAUAUGUAGCAUACAUUACAUAUUUAUCUUGCAAAUGCAACUCUAUUUGAACAAAUCCGUAUUUAAAAGGCAGAAAAGGUUUGUUUAUUAUGUACUUAAUAAUAAUUACACUGGAUUAACGCACUUCUAGAUUGUAUACAAUAAAAUACAAAAAUAAAUAAAACUUUGGAAAUUAUUGU